UGUCCCAUUAGACUUUCCGUAGUCUAAAUUUUGUUUCCUUAGAGACGGCCGUAGGUAGGCGUAACGAAACACUCAAAUUGGGCAUAGCGGUACGCGAAAACUCUGUUCAUAUUGAUUUUAUUGGAAAAUUGAAAGGUACGUUUGCAGGUUAAUAAACAAGUAGCCUCUGAUUGUUGAUGGUUAGCUUUUAGCUCGCGCUCACACUGCGGAAUCACAGUUAUGCUAGCGGUGCUAGCAAGAUCGAUGUUUGGUUUGCAAAGAUGAUUACAUUCUAAUCUAAACAAAAAACUCAUUUUGACGCCACGUACAAACUCAAAGGAGGAUAGGAGCUUUUUUUAAAUUAACACAAACAUGUCCUUCAGAGACAUAAGAAAUUUUAUAGAAACGAUGACGGCUUUGGGAUACCCCCGCCGGGUAUCGAUGGAGAACUUCCGGACCCCAAACUUUGCUCUGGUAGCUGAAAUCCUGAUCUGGCUGGUGAAUAGAUAUGAACAUCACAAUGAAAUCCCGUCAGACGUGGACACAGAGGCAGACAGGAUAUUCUUCAUCAAAGCUGUAGCUCAGUUUAUGGUUACGAAGGCUCAUAUCAAGCUGAACACCAAGCGUCUCUAUCAGGCAGACGGCUACGCGGUGAAGGAAAUGCUGAAGAUCUCCUCAGUUCUGUACAGCGCUAUGAAAACGAAGGAGAUGGCCCUGGACGACAGAGGGGAGGAGGACAACAAGUUCAGAUCGGACGCCGGCUCACGGAUUUCAGAUCUUAAAGCAGCUCGUCAGCUGGCGUCUGAGGUCACCACAAAGGGAGCUGCCAUGUAUGAUUUACUGGGGAAAGAGGUAGACUUAAGGGAAAGGAGAACUGCUGCCAUCGCGCGACCUCUGGACAUCAAUGAAACUGAAAAGGCUCUGAGAGCUGCUAUCAAGGAAGUUUUAGAAAAUGUGGAGAAAACAAAAGACAUGUUGAACAACGUCGUCUCUGAUGAGGCCAGUUUAGACGCCAAGAUAGAAAAGAAGAAACAGGAUCUGGAGAGGCAUCAGAAGAGGCUCCAGACCCUGCAGAGUGUCAGGCCAGCAUUCAUGGAUGAGUAUGAGAAGAUAGAGGAGGACCUGCAGAAGCAAUAUGACAUUUAUGUAGAAAAAUUUCGAAACCUGCGCUUUUUGGAGUCUCAGCUGGAUGAAUACCACAGAAUAGAGCAGGAAAGGUUUGAGGAAGCUGAAAACACUCUGAGGAUCAUGCAGCACAAACUGAGAGAGGAGGAACACAACCUGAUGAAGGACUCCUUGAAAAAUGAUGACUCCGACUUGGACGUCAUUGAGGACGAAGGUUCAGACAGCGACCUCGAAGAAUCUCGGCCUUCGAAGCCACGACCCAUGAGAAACGGCCUAAUGACGGGGAGAGGAGGACUUUUUAUCGGUAACAUGCAGGGUGGUGACAGUGAUGAGACUGAUGACAGCGAAAUUGAUGUGGACGACGAUGACGAGGAUGAUGAGGAAGAAGAGGAGGAGGAGAGCAAGGAUUUGGAGGAUGAUAGUUUGGAAGGUCCUUUGUCUAGAACUAACCGUCCCUUGAUUGGAGCAGGGAGACCUACUCUGCUGGAAGAAAGUGAUGACUUUUAGGAAAAGAGCUGACCAAAUUCUAUAACCUGGCAGUUUCUAAUUUGUAUGUUAAGCUAGAUCAUAUCCAUUUAUCUUAAAUGUACAAAUAUUUACGGCAUAUUUAUGAAGAGAAAUGUGUCUCUUUUUGACUGUUUAUGUGAACUAUUAAAAUCAAAUGCUCACUGUAUCAUA